GGUUUCCACAGCCUAGAAGGACCGAAACGGCAUUUCCGGGAAGAUGGCGGCGCACAGGUCAGACUUGGCACAUGUUUCCGCGGAGAGGAUCCGGCAAUGACGGAUGAUAUCACCUCCUCGUCCCUAGUGAGAGUCUGCGGACAGAGACUUUUUUCUCACCAUGAGUAUCACUCCGGAGGUCAAGAGUCGUGGGAUGAAGUUUGCCGAGGAGCAGCUGCUAAAACAUGGAUGGACUCAAGGCAAAGGCCUGGGCCGGAAGGAGAAUGGCAUCACUCAGGCCCUCAGGGUGACGCUGAAGCAGGACACUCACGGGGUGGGACACGACCCUGCCAAGGAGUUCACAAACCACUGGUGGAAUGAGCUCUUCAACAAGACUGCAGCCAACUUGGUGGUAGAAACUGGGCAGGAUGGAGUACAAAUAAAGCACCGUUCUAAGAAGACCACCCGUCAUAACCAUCCCAAGCCCAACUUGCUGUAUCAGAAGUUUGUGAAGACGGCCACGCUGACUUCAGGUGAAGAGAAGCCAGAGAGGGACAUGGAGAGCUGCAGCGAUGACGACAAGCAGGGGCCCUCGCCCCCACAGAUCCUGACUGACGAAAUGCUGCUCCAAGCCUGUGAGGGGCGGACGGCACACAAGGCUGCCCGUCUUGGGAUCACAAUGAAAGCCAAGCUCGCUCGGCUAGAGGCCCAGGAGCAGGCCUUCCUGGCUCGUCUCAAAGGCCAGGACCCUGGGGUCCCUCAACCACAACUCCCUCAAAAAAGGAAAAAGAAAAGGAAGCAGAAGGAAGAGGAAGAGCCUACAGUAUCUGAAAGGAAUGUGGGUGAGAAGCACCCAGAACACACCAACCAGAGCAUCAAGACAAGCAAGAAGAAACGGCGACAUCAGGAAGGAAAGGUCUCUGAUGAGAGAGCGGGAAUAGCCACAGGGAACAAGGAGGAGGAGGCGGCUGCAGAAGCAAGUGGACUCAGGGCAGUGAAGAGCAGAGAACAAACUGGUCAGUCCCCUAGGAAAAAGAAGAAGAAGAGGCAGCACCAUGAGGAGAAGCUGCAGGCCUUGGAUAAAGAGGAAAGAGGCAAGGAGGCCGCAGGCAGGACCAAGGAGCUGGCAAGCAGAGCAUACACAGAUCCUGGCAGCAAAUGCAGGAAGAGGCGGCAGCAUGAGGACCUGAGCUUUGAGGAUGAAAUUGCAGAAACUCUUAGAUGGUGGUGGCAGGGAUGCAGAAAGCAGAGCAUGCAGUGA